AUGGCCUUUGUCGUCGAGAAAACCACCGAUGGCCGUGAGUAUAAGGUCAAGGACCUUUCUCAGGCUGACUUCGGUCGCCUCGAGAUCGAGCGCGCUGAGGUCGAAAUGUCCGGUCUCAUGGCUUGCCGUGCUGAGUUCGGCCCUUCCCAGCCUUUCAAGGGCAUCAGAAUAACCGGUUCCCUCCACAUGACGAAGCAAACCGCCGUCCUCAUCGAAACCCUAGCUGCUCUCGGAGCCGAAGUUCGCUGGUGCUCCGGCCCCACCUCCUCCACUCAGGAUCACGUUGCCGCCGCCAUCGCUCGUGACAGAGCCUCCGUAUUCGCCUGGAAGGGGGAGACUCGUCAGGAGUACUGGUUGUGUACCGAACGUGCCCUUGACUGGGGUGCUGGUGUUGGUCCCGAUCUGAUUGUUGACGACGGUGGUGACGCUACCCUCUUGAUCCAUGAGGGUGUUAAAGCUGGAGAGGUUUAUGCCGAGACUGGUCAGUUGCCAGACCCCUCUUCUACUGACAAUGCUGAGUUUCAGAUUGUUCUCAGCAUGAUCAGGGAUGGGUUGAAGACUGAUCCUAUGAGGUACCACAAGAUGAAGGACAGACUCGUUGGUGUCACCGUAGAGACCACCGCUGGUAUUGACAGGCUUAAUGAGCUGCAAGCUAAUGGAACUCUGUUGUUUCCUGCCAUUAAUGUCAACCAGCAUUUCGCCAACAGCACGGUUAGGAUCCUUUAAUUUUAGACCUGUGUUCGAUUUGAA